AGGUACUGCGACAGCCAUGCGCAAGACUCUCGUUCUCGCCUCCGUCGCCGCCGCCUCCGCCUACGUGAGCAGCCCCGUCGGGCUUGCGGGAGGAAGGACCUCGAACAAGCCUGCCAUCAGCUCUUCGACCUUCACCCCCCGCCUCAGGAGCGCCGCCCCCAUCCAUGGCGUCGAGGUUGCCAGGGCCGGGCGCAUGGCCUCCAGCAUCACCAUGUCCGCGAAGAAGAAGUCUGUCAAGGACCUCACCCCUGCUGAGCUCAAGGGCAAGAAGGUUCUGAUCCGCUGCGAUCUCAACGUCCCCCUUGAUGGCAAGAAGAUCACCGACGACACCCGUAUCCGUGCCUCGGUCCCCACCAUCAAGUACCUCCUUGACAACGGUGCCCGUGUCGCCAUCUCUUCCCAUCUUGGCCGCCCCAAGAACGGACCUGAGGACAAGUUCUCCCUCUCCCCUUGCGCCACCCGCCUCUCCGAGCUCCUCGGCAAGGAUGUCAAGAUGGCCAAGGACUGCAUCGGCCCUGAGGUGAAGUCCCUCGUGGACGGCUUGAAGGACGGUGAGGCCUGCGUCCUCGAGAACGUCCGCUUCUACAAGGAGGAGGAGAAGAACGAGAAGUCCUUCUCCGAGAAGCUCGCCGCCCCCUUUGACAUGUAUGUCAACGAUGCCUUCGGUACCGCGCACAGGGCUCACUCCUCCACCGCUGGCGUGACCGAGUUCCUCUCCCCGUCCGUCUCCGGCUUCCUCCUCCAGAAGGAGCUGGACUACCUUGAGGGAGCUGUUGCCAACCCCAAGCGCCCCUUCGCUGCCAUCGUCGGAGGCUCCAAGGUUUCCUCCAAGAUCGGAGUGAUCGAGUCUCUCCUCGAGAAGUGCGACAAGCUCAUCAUUGGAGGCGGCAUGGUGUUCACCUUCCUCAAGGCCCGCGGCCUCAACGUCGGCUCCUCCCUCGUCGAGGAGGACAAGCUCGAGCUCGCCAGGACCCUCGAGGCCAAGGCCAAGGCCAAGGGAGUCAAGUUCAUCCUCCCCUCCGACGUCGUCCUUGCCGACAAGUUCGAUGCCAACGCCAACACCAAGGUCGCCAAGGCCUCCGACAUCCCCGACGGCUGGAUGGGUCUCGACAAUGGCCCCGAGGCCACCAAGGAGAUUCAGGCGGCUCUCUCCGACUGCAAGACCAUCAUCUGGAACGGACCCAUGGGUGUGUUCGAGAUGGACAAGUUCGCCGUCGGCACCAACGCCGUCGCCCAGACCCUCGCUGAGUGCACCAAGAAGGGAGCUAUUACCAUCAUCGGAGGAGGAGACUCCGUUGCUGCUGUCGAGAAGGCCGGCCUUGCCGAGCAGAUGUCCCACAUCUCCACUGGAGGAGGAGCCUCCCUCGAGCUCCUUGAGGGCCAGGUCCUCCCCGGUGUUGCCGCCCUCGACUCCCUCGGCUCCUCCUCCAAGGCCAGCGGCCCUGUUGUGACUGGCGCUACCUAUAAGGACACCGCCUACUUCAAGAACAAGAACCCCUGGGAUGUUUAAAGGCUUCGGCGUUUGACUUGUGACAGUGACGUGAUUGGAUAAAGGAUAGCUGUAUUUUUG